UAUCCCAAAUAGACGGCAGUACCAUCAACUCAGAACAGCUCAAAAAAGCUUCCAACAUUUUGAAGAAACAAAGAAUCAAACAUGUCGAAGGAAGUGAGUGAAGAAGGGAUGAGCCGAAAGGACUAUGUGGAUCCUCCACCGGCACCGCUCAUCGACGUGGCUGAGAUCAAGCUUUGGUCUUUUUACAGAGCUCUCAUCGCCGAAUUCAUCGCUACUCUCCUUUUCCUAUACGUCACCAUAGCCACCGUCAUCGGCCACAAGAAACAACACGAUGCAUGCGAUGGUGUUGGUCUUUUGGGUAUUGCUUGGGCUUUUGGUGGCAUGAUUUUCAUUCUUGUUUACUGCACCGCCGGUAUCUCAGGUGGUCACAUUAACCCGGCGGUGACAUUUGGGUUGUUUUUGGCUAGGAAGGUGUCGCUUAUAAGGGCGGUGGCUUACAUGGUAGCUCAAUGUUUGGGUGCUAUUUGUGGUGUUGGGUUAGUUAAGGCAUUCAUGAAGAGUGAAUACAACUCCCUUGGCGGCGGUGUUAACACGGUGGCGACUGGUUAUAACAAAGGGACUGCUUUGGGAGCUGAGAUUAUUGGGACAUUCGUGCUUGUUUACACUGUUUUUUCAGCUACUGACCCUAAAAGAAGUGCCCGUGAUUCACAUGUACCCGUGUUGGCUCCACUUCCUAUAGGAUUUGCAGUGUUCAUGGUUCAUUUGGCUACUAUUCCCAUCACCGGAACUGGUAUUAACCCUGCUAGAAGCUUCGGCGCCGCCGUUAUUUACAACAACGACAAGGCUUGGGAUGACCAAUGGAUAUUCUGGGUUGGACCAAUGGUGGGAGCACUUGCGGCGGCGGCAUAUCAUCAGUACAUCCUUAGAGCGGCGGCUAUUAAGGCUUUGGGAUCUUUCCGGAGCAACCCCAGCAAUUAAAAGCUAAAAAGAGAAGAAAACCACAAUAUGUUUGUCUCAUUGUGUUUAUAAUGUUUCUUCAUUGUUGGUUCCUGUGUUUGUAUUGUAUUAUGAUUGAUGAUUAUUAAUUCAGACCUUUUUAUUUAUAA